AUGUCGACGAACAAUGCCACACCCAUCACAGAUGACUCAAAAGCAAAUUCGGUGCAAUUUGCCGUACUUCUUGCAUUUGAAAUUUCAUCAAUUAUCACGUCGAGUAUAAUUGUUAUCUAUAUUGUUGUAACACCUGCCUUUCGAUCAAAAGAGCAAAAUCAUUCAACAUGUGUUUUACUAUCAUUUAACUUUCUUCAACUUAUUAGUGACAUUCCGUUGGCAAUACAUUUCUUUCACCUCAAUAUUGUUCAACCAGCUACAUCUGUUCACUGUAUUCUAUGGACAUGGCUUGAUUUCACACUUAAUACUUCUAGUGUUCAACUAAUGGCAUGGAUUUCAAUUGAGCGACAUUUAUUCAUCUUUUCUUGGAACCUUACGCGCAGAAUGUCAAGAUUACAACGAUGGUUCAUUCAUUUCGCUCCAUUAAUUAUAUGUUCAGUAUGGUGUCCGAUAUUCUAUUUCUUCACUAUCAUUGUCAGUCCAAUGUGUGUUAAUACAUGGGUUUUUUAUAGGCCACUUUGCGGUUUACCUUGUUACGUGGCAACAAAUUGGAAUUAUUAUGAUCUUAUUUUUAAUAUUAUUAUGCCUGUUUUGUUUAUUCUCAUUGCUAAUGUCGCACUUGUUAUACGUGUCGUUAAACAAAAAUUGUCCAGAGUACGUCCUACUCGCGUAGAUUGGCGUAGGCAACGCAAAAUGGCUCUCCAAUUAGGUAUUCUCUCUAUGCUGUUCUUGUUGGUCUGGAUUCCUCUUUGUAUUAUACAGCUCAAAAUGAUUUAUUUUAAGUCAGAUUUACUUCUUCAGGUCAAUGACUUUAUAGUUUAUCUUUUGUAUUUUAUUCCAUUAUUACUACCAUUUAUUCUUUUGCUUUCAAGACCUGAAUUCAUGAAAAAUUUUAAAGAUUUCUUAUUUGAAAAAAGACAGGCAACUGUUAUGCCAACAAAAAUAAACUAG